AUGUUAACAUCAAUUUAUUUUAUGCUUCAAAUCAAAAAUGCGCCCGUUGCCAAAUUUACAGAUAACUAUGGAUACGGAUCCGGUUAUGGGUCUGGAUAUGGAUCCGGAUAUAGUUCUACAUACGGAUCUGGGUAUGGAUCUGGAUAUGGAUCUGGGUAUGGAUCUGGGUAUGGAUCCGGUUAUGGAUCUGGCCAUGGAGCUGGAUAUGGAUCCGGAUAUGGAUCUGGAUAUGGGUCCGACUACAACUCCGGCAGUUAUGGAUCAUCAGGAUAUAAUAGCGCUGGCUAUGGUUCAGGACUAGUAUAUUCAGGAAACUCCCAUACGCACACGCACACCCACGAAGUUAAGACGGUCGCUCAGCCAGUGGCCGUACCGGUACCCCAGCCCUACCCAGUUACUGUCGAAAAACAAGUGCGUGUACCUUAUCGAGUAGAAGUUCCCAAACCGUACGCUGUUCCUGUCCACGUUAAAGUGCCGGUAGAAGUGCCCAAACCGUACCCUGUGGAAGUUCCUAAGCCAGUGCCUGUGCCGUACGAAGUUAAAGUUCCCGUAGAAGUCCCAAAACCUUACCCCGUCACAAUUGAGAAAACUGUACCAGUACCCGUGGAAAAACCCGUCUACGUUAAGGUACCACAUCCCGUAGAAGUUCGAGUACCUCAACCGUACCCUGUCGAAGUAGCAAAGCCUGUAGCCGUACACCAUCCCGUAAUAGUACAAAAGAAGAUAAUCCACAUUGGAAGCAACGACGACUUAGGCGUUUCCUCUGGUUCUGGUUAUUCGGGCCUUUCCUUGGGAGGAAAUUAUAAAUUAUCAGGAAGCGGUUACGGAUCUUCUUACGGAAACGGAUAUUCUAGUUAUGGAAAUGGGGAUAACGUAUAUUCUUCUGCAUAUGGAAGUGGCUUCGGAUCUUCUUACGGCAACGGAUAUUCUGGUUAUAGAAAUACAGACAACGUUUAUUCUUCCGGAUAUGGAAGUGGCUUCGGCUCGGGUUAUGCCAAGUCGUACGGUGGAUAUGGAUCCGCCUACGGAAACGGAUACUCUACAGGAUCUGGCGGUCUUUUAGAUUCGUACGUACCGAGUUCACAAGGUGGUAUUUCGAAUUCACAGUGGCUGCUGCCCGACGUUUUGCGCUAUCGCUGCAGCGUGUUAUGUAGGCGUCAGAUAACGGUGGACACAGCCACCUUUUUAAAGUUGAGUGAAUGUCCAUUUCCCACUCAAGUCCCCGCCAGUAAACGUUACGUGCCUUUUCUGCACCAUUUCGUCGCCUCACAUUUAACGUGCCACAGCUUCAAGAUGCUGAGCGGCCUCAUUGUCCUGGCAGUGUUCGCAACUGUUGCAAAUUGCGGAUUCCAAUCCGGUCAUCACGCCGACCUCACUCCACCUGCCGCAUCUUUACCGUUCAGUACGAGUUUUGGAGGUGGAGGACAUUAUGAAUCUGCAGGUCACGCCGAGAGUUUUACCGUAGGUGGCGGACACGGAUACGAAACUGGUGCAGCUAUCGGAGGCGGUGGAUACAGCGGAGGCGCAAUUAUAGGUGGCGGUCACGGAUUCGGGGACGCUGGUUCCAUUGUCGAAGGUGGACACGCGGGAGGCGCAAUAAUUGAUGGUGGUCAUGGGUUUGGAGGUGGACACGCCGGUGGUCUAGGCUUGGGAGCAUACAGUUCAUCGGGCGCUGCUUUUGCUGCAGGUGGAUUUAGUUCAGGUGGAUUUGGAGGAGCAGGCAUCGGAGGUAGAGCAAUUGGUGGAGCAGGCUUCGUAGGUGGAGCAGGCUUCGGAGGUGGAGCCAUUGGCGGAGGCGGUAUCGGAGGUGGAGCAAUCGAUGGCGGCGCGGGAGGCUUAGGAGUUUACUUGGGCAACGAUAAUCAUGGCCCUAUCACUGACGCGGGAACCACUUACGAUCACAGAUUUGAAAGAGUUCCAGUUCCGGUACCCCAACCGAUACCGGUCCCGGUCGACCGUCCCGUUCACGUUCCCGUGCCUGUACCGAGACCCGUAGAAGUACCCCGCGCAGUUAGGGUGGAAGUACCGACUCCCGUAAGGGUUGAAGUCAAUAGACCAUACCCUGUGCACGUACCACGGCCAGUACCGGUACCCGUAAAAACUCCGGUAUACGUAAAAGUCCCUCAACCCAUUCACGUUAAAGUGCCGAGGCCUUAUCCCGUUGUGGUCACCAAACCAUUCCCCGUCAGUGUUCCGGUCAAAGUUGCUGUUAAGGUACCAGUGCCAGUGGCUCAUCAUACUGACGCGCACGUAGGCGUCCAUGGACCCAGUCAUCAUGUCACUUUCCACGACCACGGUGGACAUGGCGGGUGGAACGGAUGGUAGAAAAAAAGCCUACCACUUUUCAGUACUUCGCCAACGCAUAUUCUAGUCCUAGAUUGUUGUUAUUUUUUUAUCUACAACUCAUCGAAAUACAGAUUUUAUUUUUUUUGUU